GUUAAUUUGCCUCCGUUGCAUUUUGGCGCGUAAAGUAGCACAAUAUCUCUCCCUCUUCCUAGCAUCGAUAAGGUUCGGCUCUUUCUUCGAAACUGAGGUCUUCAGGGUAAGUGUUAAGCUCACCACUUUUAUAUUGUAACAAUUUUUACGUUUUUUUUUUGUUAAUCACAAUCGUUCUUUCUUAUCCCUCCCGAGAAUAGCGCAGUGAAACGAUGCUUACGGCGCGCUCGAUUCCAAUGCCUGAUUAUUUGUGUUUAUCUGAUUUAUUUAUCUAACGUCUUCUUAAAAUACUUAAUAUGCGCGGUUCGACAUUUGAAAUGUAAAUAUUUAAAAAAGCGAUUUCUAGCAAGAAGGAUGCAGCGCCUUGAAGGGCAAGAUUUCCGCACAGCCCCAUGAUUCUGCGUUUUUUCUUUGGGACUACUUUACGGCCAUGUGUUAGAGUAUUCUGGGCUUAUGCAAAAAUCUUUCCUCUUUCGUACACAUUCAACGAACGCUAAGGCGAGAUGUUGUCUUCGAGCAUAUUCUACGUCAAAAGAGCUUUGCCAGCGUUAUAACUUACGGUUCGGCUUAAUUAUUGUGCUAAUUCAAGUGAAUGAUCAAUUUUCAGUUCCCUGGGUUGAAGCUAAUCUGUCGUCCGCUAAGAGAUUUUUUGAGUCUGUUAUAUCAGCCCAUUAAGCUAACAUGAUAUCCUGGCCAUGUGACUGGGAAUUCCUAAGGUGAGACCUGACGAAAUCUACCUUAACUCAGCUAGGAUCCUGGAAUAGAAUUUGUCUGAAAUCGUGAGGCUAUCACAUAAAUAUCUGACCUUCAAAAUGCUCUUGCGUGAAAAAGUUUUUAUUUUCGUAUUUUAAACAAUAUCUCCCCUGCGUUGAUUUAAUUGUUUUAAAUCACAUACAUAUUAUAACACUCUAAGGAGCUAGACAUUAAGUGUUAUAGUCUACUGACAAAAGAAAUACUCCUUUCCCUUUUAGAUAAUGUGUUUAAGUAAUGAUAAUAAUAAUGACAAUCAAAACUAUAACAAAAUUCUCAAACGUAAUUGGUUAGCACCAGUCUGAUUUGAGUUCUAAUAAGACAGUGUACAUGUCAUGCCUGUGUUUGUGUCGCGUGUGUGAUGUUGUUGCACUUUUUGCUGAGUUAUCUGUUGUUUUCUAUGAAAAUGUGUUACCAAUGGUUAGUUUGUUUCUGGACUGUUGUCAUAAUUUUUAUUAACUGGUAACAGGACUUCAUGUUGUCCAAUUCUGUCUGUAAUCAUACUUGUGAUUUACAACUUUGACAAGGGCUUCAAGUUUGUCACUGAUUUUUUUAAUCACUUUCACCACUACAGACUGAAUUGAACCCACUCAGUCCUAUCAUCAUUACUUGUAGUGAUAACCAAAGAAAUAAUUUUUUUGCUCAGUUUCUAAAACAGGAAGUUGCUGUAUUUACUUGAAUAAGGGCAGCUGUUGCUGCCCCCUUUCUCCCCCCUUCACAAUUAAACACCUCUCUUGAUUAAGCUCUUAUGCAAUAGAAAGGUUUGCCUCCAUUUUUUCCUUCUACACAGAAUGAUGGUGCUCUCCUCAUUUAUGUUAAAUUUUAUUUGAUUUUCUUAAUACAAGCAGAUUGAAUGGGAAGCUUUUGAAAACAAAAAAAAACUCUUAAAACAAGUAAGCAAAUAUUACAAAUAAACAUAGUGUACAUAAUUGUUAGAGAAAAUUUUCAAAAAAAUUUUCCUUUAAUUGUAGUGAAUUGGAAACUGACAACCGGCAGACUGCUCGUCGAAAAAGACAGGGAGGUACAUGAGCAUGUAUCUGCAUUGUUAUAAAGCCUUGAACUUUUGUAGUUGGGUUGAUUCAUGGGUUUCGUGUUAGUUUUCAUAAGCAGCACUUUGACUCCCAGUGUAUGUUACAUGUAGGACCUUGUGACACCAAAACUUCAAACAUUUCCUAGAUUUAGUUGUACUUGUGAAUGUGGAGACAAUAGUCUUGAUCACAUUUUUAAGAUUUCCUGUAAGAAAAAGCAUAAUUAUGCCUUACAGAGUUUUAAAUGUAUGAUAUGAUCAUUUUUUUAUUACUAAUGGGGCUAAAAGAAAUUUUGAGUUAACACUCAAGGCAAUGUUAUCUGACUGGCAAUCCUUCACAUAAAUUAAUAAUAGUCAAGGCCAUGGAGGUUUCUCAAUUAUCAGCCAUUUCACUGGUGGCAUUUCCUACUUCCUCCCAGUUAAAGACUUGUUAAAUGCUCUUUCAUGUGGUCAAAUCAACCCAGUCUGAAUUCAUUCUGACCUAAAAUUUCUCCUGUAACAGAUACUACAUUGAUUGUUUGUCUGAAAGUUUAGUUUCUGUUGUUCUUAGUGAGUCUGGACUCUAGUGAUUCAGAGAGCUCAAGUUCAGAGAAAGAUGACUCAGAUUCUGAAUCUGAUGGGAGCUCAGACACAGAUGCAGACAGUGACACAGAGGGAGAGGACUUUGGUGCUAUAGAGAAAAAACCUGUUAGAGCCAAACAAAAAGGUAGAGCAAUGUAUAUUUACAUGUAUACAGUAUUCAUGUUGCUUAAAAAGGCACGUCAUCACAAUCAGUUUGUUUGAGCCUGCAUCACAAUCCAAUUGUUCUUUAACUACACUCAGAGGCAUUUUGAAAGCAACAGAUUAAUGCCAACUUAUUUUUCUUUAAUAUUUCUUAAUUUUGGUAGAGUUUUGGUGUAAAUUUCAUUGUAGAUUUCUGAGUUUAAAAUGUUAUUGAAAUCAGUAUUGUAUGCAUUAAGUCAAUAGGUUGUUGCUGCUGGCUAAGUCUAUUUUUAAGCAACAGACAUACAUGUUAAGAGUGUCUGUUGCUAAGAGCUGCAGAUAAAACUUCACCAUUUUGGAAAUUUAGCCUGAAGAUAGAAAGGGAACAAACUGGUGUAAGGCUAGGCAUGUUUGUGCUACAUGUGCUCAUAGUUUCCUGCUGUCUUAAACUGAGACCCAUGUCAAAGAUAUGCUCUUAGAGCUCUGAUAUGUGCUCUCAAAAGCUUUCAAAAGCAAGUUUUACAUUCUAUGUACAAUGACAUAAGUUAGUUGCCUCACCUCUGGUACCAGGGCUCCAUAAGAACAUUGUCAUGCUUUUGUGGCUAGUUAAGGCAUAGUGCUGAUUUCCAGAUUUUAUUUCAGAAUUGACUUCCAAUAUAAUUGAAAAAUACUUUGAAUUGUCCAAUUUUCAUUUGCACAAUUUGAUGCUAAAAAACAAGAGUGGGGUUGAGAACUUGCCUUUCUUAGUAAUAAUUUGUUAUGCUAACAUUGCCGGGUUUCUAGCUUUAACCCUCAAACAACUGUGAAAUGGACUAUUCAGUGAGCCCUAUGAGACCAUUGGUGAGGUGAACCAAUUUUGUUUUCUUUUUUAAGUAUGAGACAUUGUAAGCACUGACUUCUUGUGAACCUUAUCUAUUCAAGUUUCCAAGAACACCACCACCAAAAAGCAGACAGCUAGAGCUUCCAAUACAACAAAUAAAAAGGGGAAGAAUGAAAAAGGUAACAAUCUUUGAUACAUCACUUAUGGCUUGUUCCAGGCUCAGAUGGUCGGUAGAGACAAAAAGAGAACACUGAAGGCUGUUAUUUACCUGCUUACUUUCCCCAUGCACUGACCAAGAGCCUGGAAAAGGCUAGUUCCUUUUUUAAAAAUUUUGAUCAUUAAAUACUGUAGUACUUCAAUGAAAUAAAUCUUUAGAAAAGUUAUUUUCUUUGUUCAUUGCAUGUGGGCUUAGGAAGAAUUAAUUGCAGCUUCAAUAUGGAACACCAACUGACUUAGUUCAGUAAUAGCACAUAUCUAGAUUAUUAGUGCAUGCAUGCCUGUUCCUGGAUUAAUGUUCUACAUCAUAAAGGAACAGCUUAUUGGAGUUAUGACAUUUGACUAACAAGCAAAAUGUUAGCAUUCUUGUGUAAAGAGCUCAUUAAAAAAACACCAAGACAAUUUAAAUGAAAAUGAGAGGAGCAGUUUCUUUAGUUGUGAGUUGUUUCUGUUAUUGUGUUUUUUCUUUCUUACCUAGUUUGAUGUUCUGUUUUUAUGUUCUGCUGUCUGCCAUUUUAUAAUUAUGCUACUUUUUUUCUAAGGUGCAUCCCACAAAAUUCCUGCCAAAAAACCAAGAACUCAACCUAAUAAGAGAAAGAGUAGCAAGGAGAAUACAGGGAAAGGUAACAUAGUGAUAAAAAACAACAUCAUUAUAUAACUUCAAAUCAGAUUAAAUCCUUGUACAGGAUCUUGUUCUAUAUGAUAAUGUUGCUUCCAGAUUCUUUAAAAAGCAAAUGGGGGGGGGGGGGUAGUUGUAAGACAGGAACUAAUUGUCAACAAGUCAACAAGUCAUCAACAGCGUAUAGGAGAAAUCUUUAGCAGACAUGUUCAGCUGACUUCCUUGCGUUGCAUUAUAUUAGAGACAAAGUAUAACAAAUGAUGUACGGGUAAUUGACUUUUGGUUUGUUUGUUUGUUCUUUUUUUUCUUCUCCUCCUUGAGUAAUCCAAUAACUUUAGAGGUUUUAAUGUUUUAUCAUUGUCUACUUACUCUGCUCUUUCUGAAUUUAAAAUCCAGGUACAUCUAUGGAAACAGCCAACAAUAAAAAAGGGAAGGCUAGUAAACCAAGACACAGCAAAAAGAAGGGUAAGUAACUGAACACUAACUAAGUAAGGGAAGGGAAAACUUGAAACUUUUUUAACAAAAUUUGUCAAAUCACGUCAAUUUUGUUGAAUACCAACAAAGUAAAAAUACAGUAACUUACUGGCUUGUGUGAUUGAAUAUUAUCCCUGAGAGAUAACUUGGUUCUGACAGCCAGCUAAUGAGAUCUUGUGAGUAGAUAGGCCAUAAAGCUGGUUGAUUUCAUUUGUUAUAUAGUGGAAAUGAAGUCUAGAGUGAUUAAAUUUUUAUCAUCGGAGCUUGACUUUACCAGUUAUUCAGGGGCUAGAUGGUCAGGAAAAUUAUAUAAAGUCUUUUUUGUAGUUAAACAGGGCAAACCAAAUAUGAAGGAGUUAGAAGGAUUGGGCAGAGAUAUCGGUGACAAAUGGAAAAUUCUGGGAAGACGCUUAAAAGUAUCAGAAGAACUGGAAAUAAUCGAUGCACGAUAUAAUAUUCUUUCUGAAAAAGCCUUCCAGAUGCUUAAACACUGGACCCAGAAAAGAGGUUCCUCUGCAACCUACAGAGUUCUAAGUGGUGCCUUAAAAGAUGAACUUUUAGAACGUAAAGACUUAUCAGAAAAGUACUGUUAUGGUUGAUAGUUGACAUAACAAUUCUUUUCCUGUCUUUUAACUCUGAUAUGCUGGGGAAUGAGAAGUUUUAGUAUACCCUUUCUCCACUCUGUUUUCUUGUUCUUUGAUUUACACAUGUUUCUUUCUUGGAGAGAUUUAAAAAACUCGUCCAAAUUUAUGACAGUUCUUUGCACAACCAAAACAGCUGCUCAAGAGUCAGAGUUGUGUAAUAGCAAACCAAGGACAGUCAGCAAGUCAGUGUUGUUUCGUGGUCAGAUCUCAAAGUAGAAUUUGAGACAUUCAAAUUGAUCACUCAGGUUACAGAUGGCAAUUAUUUUCAAAAGAACAGACUGAAGCAGAAAAGAGCAAUUUGCUGAUUUUUUUUUCAUUCUUUGGGUAUUGUCUGGUUGGUAGGUCACUGAAAUUUUAGUAUUUUUUAACUUCAUUUUUAAUUUUUUAGAACAGCGUUUUUGACUCUUUCUCGUGCUAAGCAUUAGUAAAUUGAGAUCAUCAGUUAUACUAAACAGGUUAAUUGGUAUGAAAAGCUUGUAGGUUGGUUUUAACCAAAAUAAAUAUAAUUAUUCAAGUCAUUAUUACAUUUUUACUGAUGAAUUGUUGUAAUUUAUGAAACUACACAGAAUUUUAUUUUUUUAACACCCUGUUGUUAGUGUGCUAAUGGAGAAUUCCCCCAAAAAAGUGUUACAAAAAUAUUUGGUAAGGAUGGCAGUAAUUUUUUUCUUCAUGUUAAGCCCUAAAUUUCGUCCGUUAAAGCUAUAGAAGGUUGUAUAGGAUUAUUUGGAUUGUAUAGAUCAAGAUAAAUGAGAAGUAAGUAAUAUUGCAAACCGUUUAAAAUAUGAAAAUUUGAAUUUGCUGUUAAAUUACUGUUCUUGAUGCCCAGCAUUGUAAAAUGUAAAUUGAAAUUAUCUGUAAUAAAAUAUGCUUAACUCAUUGAAUCUCACAGCAAGCAAUGUUGUUGUUAUUCAACAUUAAGCAGAAAUUCGUG